CAUGCCACUUCCUCUCAUACGUGACUUUCAUAUACCUUGUGCAUCGGAACUGCACAACAGGGGAGUCUGCAAAAGACUUCCGAUCCAUACUACGCUACCCAGUGCCGAACCGGCGCACUCGCAACCCUCUUGCCGAAGGCAACCGUAACCACCACCAUGGCGCAGAUUCUGGGUUGCCACUUGGUGGGUAGCGUUCCCCUCCCAGACACUGAAGCAGUGUUCCGACAAUGUCUUGCGGCCCUCCCAGGACGUCUGAAACGCAUUCCCGAUGGCGAAACUGGCGUUCGGCACAUGUUCACUACCUGGCAAGCCGAGGUGUUCAAUGCAUAUCCUCCCAUGAAGACCCGCUGGGUGAACGACGGAGUAGUCAACGGACCCAUCCAAAGUGACGAAUUCACACCCGAGCAGAUCGACGAAGGUAUCAAAGCGAUCGAGAGCACAACUUUGGAGACUGGUUAUGACAAGGCGGCUAUCGAAAGCUAUGCCGUCUUCAAGAAGCUUCGUGACGAAGGAGUGAUUCCUAAGGGAGUUCGGCUGCAGGUCUGCAUACCUACCCCGGCCAAUACCAUUUUUCCAUUUGUGCAGAAAGCGUUUCAGGCUCGGAUCGAGCCGAUCUAUGAAGCAGCUCUGCUCCGCGCAAUGCGGAACCUGCAGGACGCCAUCCCGCAUGAGGAUCUGGCUAUUCAAAUAGAUAUUGCAGGAGAUACCGCCUUCUGGGAAGCCACGAAUCCUAAUACUGUCGCCAAGGAUAAUGGACUGGAAUGGUUCAAGCAUUGGUGGGAGGGCGAUGUGAAGACCUACCAGAUUAAUUACAUCGUUCGCCUGAUCAGUGCGGUAGACGAGGAUGUCGAGGUGGGACUACACAAUUGUUAUGGUGACAUCGAUCACAGGCAUUGGCACGAACCAGCUUCUCUUGCCGUCGUUGUGGAGAGAGAGAUCAUGGUGAGGAAAGCUGCGCCACGCAAGAUAAAUUGGACGCACAUGCCCGUACCCAAAUCCGCUGUCGAGAGACCUGAAGUCGGACUUGACAAAUACCUGGCUCCACUGAACGAGUUGCGUCCCCUGCUCGAGAGAGAUGGAACGGAAUUAUAUUUGGGCGUUGUGCAUGAACAUAAACCAGAGUUGACCAAGCAGAUGAUUGAUGCUGUUGAGAAGGUAUCGCCUGGGUUGAAGUUCGGAGUUGGAACGGAGUGCGGAGGUGGUCGAAUGACUUGGGGGCCAUUUGAGGAUGCGCUGAAGAUAUCUGCGGAUGUUUCGAGUCCGGUAUUGUGAGAAUGAGAGCUUGAUGAUGUUGACGGCCGAAGGCCUUGAUCUGGCAUGCAACAAAAGGUUACCGAUGUACAUACGUGGGUGAUCCAAAUAUCAAUACACCUGCUGAUGACGGCAGUCUUGUUCUUGCAAGUCAUCAUCACCAUAGCAUAACAGCACUCUCCAGUUC